AUGUCUUACUUUACCGGAAAUUUCGAAUAUAAUCCAGUUACAAGACGUACAUGUUAUUGCAGGAGAAUUUGUUUUGAAUGUCAACACGUCUCAUUACCAUUUUCUUUAUUAAAUAUCAAUACAUUAAAUACACUAAUAUUACAAAAUCAUCCAAUCCUUCAGCCGGUAGUUGAAUAUGAUACGUCACUUGACGUAGAUGAAAUAGUUAACCGUGUAGAAAUACCGCUCACUACAAGAAACAGACGUACUAAAAGACCUUUUAAAAUUUUUUGUCUUCCUUGGGGAAAUUUAACUCCAAAAAUUCCUAGAAAGACUAAAGAAUUGGAAGACAAAAAUUUAAUAAAAUUUACUUUUUUUGACUCAAAUAAUGGGGUCAUAAAUGAAGUUCAUACGCUAUUUAAGUUUUUGAAUGGUAGACGAUGGAAAUUUUUUCGACGUACAUCAGCAUCGGGUCUUGAAAUGGUCAACGAACCACUUAGCGGGUGGUCAAUAAAUGAACUAAUGAGGAUAUGUGGAUCGCGAAAGAAGCUGUAUAUUGGAACCACUGAUGGUCCAAUCCAGGAAGUUCUUCCUUUAUAG